AUGUGUUGUUGGCCGUGGACUGAGAUCUACUUGGAAGAUGAGCCAAAGAAGGAGUCGAAAGACAAGAAGAAGGAAGACAAGGGCGCUCUUUAUUAUGAUCCUGUAAGCAGAACCACAGUACGUCUAACUGGAGUUCCACACAUAACGUCGACCUGUCAACUCACUUCUUCCACCAUGACCGAGCAAAACAUUCAGCCACAAGUUCGUGACACUGCCGCUGGCGCACUUCAGCACACCUACAUCCCCAGAGCCGAUGGUACAGUCCUAAUUGGCAACGUGGUCUACGUUCCAGUUGCGCAGGGUCUACAUGCCUCCCAGCAACCCAUGAUCUACCCAGCUCCCUUCAUGCCACACCCUCAGCCAGCCUACCAGCCAUACAUGAUGCCGUCCCAGUCUUAUACCCCUACUCCCGGCCUUCAGCCCUUCACCAACCAACAACCAGCUUUCGGCUACUUUGGCUAUACUGGCAGCGAAAUGCUUGCACAGCACCUUGCUACCGCCCAGGGCCUCGGAAUGAACAAAAAGCAGGAUAUGAAGCCGGCUGACGACGAUCCUCACCGGUUUUAUUGGGUGCGGGAGUUCGAUAACACUUGGUCGCAGAGAAGUCGUAUGACGAUCGAUAGCGGUGAUAUUGGCGAGUGUAGGUGGUAUGCGAAGGAUGGAGAGUUCUAUGCAGUUAGACUACAAUCUUAA